AUGUAUGGCACGCCUCACUCCCUAUCUACAAUGAAUGGUCUGGGGGAUCCUAUUGAUGGCUCGGGGACUAUCGAUCCUGCGAAUUUGAGCAACUCUGUAUCUGUUGUCUUGCCAGCACAAUCCCAUCCAAUUUCAAGUCCUCGCGGUGUCAAGCGUAGUCGCACUCCAGAGCACAGUGGGAAUGGACAUGUCGAAGGAGAUCUGGAUGAUGAUGAACAAAGUCGUCGCAAGCGCGGUCGUCCCCCAAAGACUCCUCGCGCAGGCUCCAGCGAACAACCUGUCGCAAACACACCCACACAAACACCCCAAAUGCAAGCUCGCCCACUUCCGCAAGCAAACGCCGGAUCGCCGCCUCUUGCAUCACCGCCGGAAAAUAAGACUACCCCGUCCAAGUCGCAGGUUAAAGCGCUACCUACCGUGAGGGAUCAUACGUCUGACCAACUGAAUCCAGAGGGCGAUGAGUAUAUUCCAAAGGAGUUUGAUGAAGCAGGAGAGACAAAGGCAGACCCUAUGGGAUACCCACAGGGUGGUCGUGAAUACAAAUGCCGGACAUUCCGUGUUCCCCUCCGUGGUGACAAACUGUUCAUGCUUGCGACCGAAUGCGCUAGGGUGUUGAACUAUCGAGAUUCAUAUCUUUUGUUCAACAAAAACCGGUCCUUGCAUAAGAUCAUAGCUUCCCAGAUUGAGAAGGACGACCUCAUCCAGCAAGAUAUUCUCCCAUAUUCCUACCGGUCCCGUCAAAUCGCCAUCGUCUCCGCUAGGUCCAUGUUCCGACAGUUUGGAAGCCGGGUGAUCUUAAAUGGCCGCCGGGUUCGGGAUGAUUAUUGGGAGAGCAAGGCAAGGAAGCAGGGUUUCACGGAGGAUGAUCUGGCGGGCGAGAAGCGUCCUGGUGCAGCCAAGACUCGUGAUGGCUCAACUACAGAGCCUGCUACCAACCUUUUACCGGCACUUCCCCAUAAUGAUGUUGUUUAUAGCAGCACCAUUGAACCGCUGCCUCCUGGUCUCUCGCUUGAUGCUAGUGACGCUUCUACUUCCCUGUCGUCUCUCCCGAUGAUUCAGAUGGCAACAACGGAUGACCCUCGGCUGCGAGAUUACAAUGUUAUGCCUCGUUCCCGCCAAGAAAUGACGGGACAACCGUACCAUGACCGCACUCAAACUAGCUCAGCAGCAGAGCUUCUAAAUCAGGCCUCACAUACCGCCGAUUUCAACAAGAUUCUGAGCUCGCAGCGCAACUUUCGUCAAAAGGGCCUUGAUGAAUUCUACUCUAGGCCCCGUGAGGCUCCUGAAACAGAGCCUCAGUCUAGUACUGCUCUUGAUUCGGGCUUGUAUCCCAUAUAUCCCCCUGGUGGCUUGCAAAACCCUUCUCAUGCCCAGCAUGUGAUGGCUCAGCAGCCUUCAAUGCAGGCUUCCAUGCAUCAAGGCGCUAUGAUGGGCGGUCAAUCAGGUUACCCGCAGCCUCACCAAGCCGUUGGACAAUCUCCCCUCAGGAUGCCUCCGGGUAUGCAGCCCGGUAUGAUGCACCAACGAUCGAACCCGUCCAUGUCUGCCGGUAUGGCUCAGCCUCCUCCUUACGGGUAUCCAUCUCAGCAACAGCAAGUGUGGGGACAACCACCGCCUCAGCCACAGCCAUCUCCGUUGCCCUCUUCGGGUCAUCAGGGUGGCGGUAUGCCUCAGUAUGGUCAACAAAUGGCCGGGGUUCCUCAGCAAACACCCUCUCCUCUUCAUACGCAGCAGCAGCACCACCAGUCUCCCCGGAACCAGCAGCGUCAAUCAAUACCGCAAAUGCCACAGUCAUUCCCUCAGAUGCAGCACGCACAGCAGGCGCAGACCCAGGGUAUGCAGGGCAUGGGAGGCUAUCCUGGAGGCACGCCAGCCGGUUACGCAGGCAUGCAGCGACCUAUGUACCCUUCAAAUCAGACUCCUGGCGGUCAGCCCUUUAUGACUGGAAACCCCCAACAAGCGGGUCUUGCAAUGGGCAUGGGGGGUGCUGGUAUGCCCGGAUGGGCUGGUCCUGGCGGACCGAUGCAACAAGCCGGACAGCCUCAGCCAGGCCAGUCCGGCAGCCCACUUGGUGGCAGCGGAUGGAAUUACUAA